AUGUUUUUUCGCAAUAAAGUAGCUAAAGUAUCUCUUAGAGAUAUGCUCGAAAUUCAAGAACGUCUUGGAACGAAAAAUUUUACAAAAGCUUUACAAAACGACAAAGAAGUUGAGAAAGAUGAAGAUGAUGAUAAUGAACAAGCAACAAAUGAAACAAAAAAAUCAACAACUCUAAAUAAAAAGAUAUUGAAUGAACCAAUAUCAAAAUCAGAACCUAUGGAAAUGUCAUCAAAACGACGACCAUCUAAACGUGAUCAAGUUCCUGUUCAUAUGCGUGGUAAACGAAAACUUGUUGAUCCACGUUUUAGUGAACAAUUUGGUGAUUAUAAUGCUAGAGAAUUUCGACAAUCUUAUCAUUUUAUUACGGAUAUGCGACGAAAAGAAUUAAAUGAACUUAAAAAACAAUUGAAAACAUGUCAAGAUCCAACUGAAAAAAUGAAACUAAAAGCAGUCACUAGUCGUCUUAAAUCUCAAGUUAAAAAUGUCGAUGAUUUAGAUCGAGUUGAAAAAAUUUCUAAAGAUAUACAAGAAAAAAGUGAAAAACUUGCUGAUGCUGGUGAAUCUACACCUUAUAUAACUAAAGAGGUGCGCAAAGUAAUGAAUUUGGCAACUACUUAUACUGAUUUAAAGAAUACCGGACGAAUUGAUGCCUAUUUAAGUAAAAAACGAAAACGUUUAGCAAGUAAGAAAAAGAAACAAAUGCCAACAAGACGCGUCAACAAUGAUGAAGACGAAGAUGAUUGA